AUGAACUUUUCAUCCAUCAACGGCACUUCAUCUGUAACUUGGAAUCAGCGGGACACCUUCACCACGGCUGUGACCAAGAAUGUGAUUGUCACAGCUCUCUGCAUCUCUAUCAACUACAUCAAUGGUACUCUGGUCCACACCUUCAGAAAGCACCAGAUCUUCAACUCAAACCCUCGUUACAUUCUGUUCAUCCACCUGGUGAUAAAUGACAUGAUGCAGCUGUUCCUGUCCACUCUUCUCCACAUCAUCAGCUACGCCCUUUACACAAUCAGUGUACCGUUCUGCCUCAUCCUGCUGAUCAUCACCAUCCUCACCACCCUCAACACCCCACUGAACCUGGCUGGCAUGGCGGUCGAGUGCUACAUCGCCAUCUGCAUCCCCCUCCGUCACGGACAGAUCUGCACCAUUAAGAAAACCUGCAUCCUGAUCGGUUUGAUCUGGGUUGCGAGUGCAUUCUCUAUCCUACCAGAUCUCUUCAUCCUCCUGGCCACAGAGCCGCUGCAGUUUUUUCACUCUUCAGUUUUAUGUGCCAGAGAUUACGUGUUCAGAAGCCCUUACAGCCUGAAGAAGAGGGACGCUUCACACAUUGUUUGUCUCGUCCUGGUUUGGCUCACACUCGUAUACACUUACUUCAGGAUACUGUUUGCUGCCAAGGAAGCGACUGCAGACAUUAGAAAAGCCAGAAACACUAUCCUGCUGCAUGGUUUUCAGUUGCUGUUGUGUAUGCUUACUUAUGUGAGACCCAUGUUUGAAGAAGGUCUGCUCUACUUAUUGCCCAACCAGCUCCUGGACAUACGCUUUGCCUGUUAUGUCAUUGUCCAGAUCCUGCCACGGUUUGUUAGUCCCAUUGUCUACGGACUACGAGACCAGACCUUCAGGACAUACGUGAAAAGGCACCUGCUUUGUAAAGUGAGCAUAAGAAACCACCCAGAAACCGUCACCAUGUCAAACAUGAGGCGCACGUUGAAACUGCAGUGA